AUGGCCUCCAAUCCGGUCUGCUUGAUAUGCAUCUCAUCCCCAACUCGCCAGAUGGCGCCGGGCGUUGUGCGGCCGUCCCUCCUUGCGCAGCGCUUCCUCUCCCGCCAAGCCAAGUCGCCGCCAUCGCACAUGGUCCUAUCCGACCGGGUGCGUCGAUCCCCCGGCUCAAGCUUCGCCGACAAGCGCAGGUCGCGCCAGCACUCGGUGGACGGCCCCUUUGCCGGCAUGAACAGGCGUGUUGCCAACGUGCCCCCGACGCCCCGAGCCCACUUCCCCCGCGCCGGGACGCAAAGACCGGGCGGAAGAAGCUCGACCUCGCGGUGGGACGAGCGGAGGACGCCAGACGAUCGCAAGGCCCUCCGCAUGCAGCAGAUCCUGUCCACCGUCUCCUACGGGAGGCGAAACACCCUCAAGGACCACAUGCUGCAGUACGAGUCGUUUGACCACUUCGACCUGCUGCCGCCGCUCAAGGCGGCCGUCUCGGACGAGCUGUUCCAGAACCUGGUCGACAUCAAGCCGACCCCCGUGCAGCGGCUGGCCAUCCCCGCCCUGCUGGGGCAGCCGGCGCCUGGGGAGCCGAAGCAGAAGAGCCGGGGGAUGCGGUCGUUCCUCCUGGCCGCCGAGACGGGGUCCGGAAAGACGCUGGCGUAUCUGCUCCCGGCGAUUGAUGCGCUCAAGACGGCCGAGGCGCAGGAUGCGGACGUCCGGGCCUACAGGGAGCGAUGGGAUGCCGAAAGGGCGCGGCGGCAGGGCGCGGCAGACCCCAAGGGCAGGCCGUUCGAGGAGCCCCAUCCCACCAUGGCCCGACCCAGGGUGGUUGUCCUCGUCCCCUCGGCCGAGCUGGCCCAGCAGGUCGUCAAGGUGUCCAAGGCCCUGUCGCACGUGGUCAAGUUCAAGACGGAGGUGCUGUCGUCUGAUCUGAAGCCGCAGCAGAUCCAGCGCAACAUGUACAGUCCCAGGGGGGUCGACGUCGUCGUGGCCACCCCCCAUCUGCUCGGGUCCAUGGCCGGCUCGGAUCCCAACAUCCUGUCGCGGGUGUCGCACCUGGUCGUCGACGAGGCCGACUCGCUGCUCGACAGGAGCUUCGCCCCGGCCACCACGAGCAUCGUCGAGCGGGCCAUGCCCUCUCUCGAGACGCUCGUGUGCUGCUCCGCCACGAUCCCCCGCAAGCUGAACAACUACCUCGAGACCAACUACCCGGAAAUGGUGCGCAUCACCACGCCGAACCUGCACGCCAUCCCGCGGCGGGUGCAGCUCGGCGUCAUCGACGUCUCCAAGGACCCCUACCGGAACAACAAGGAUCUCGCUUGCGCAGACGUGCUCUACUCGAUUGGGAGGGAGGCCGCGGUCCACCAGGGCCCCGUCAAGGGCGAGGUCGACGUCCGCCGGGUCUUGGUGUUUGUCAACGAGCGGGAAAGGACGGAGCAGGUGGCCGACUACCUGCGAUCAAAGGGCAUCGACGCCGAAGCCCUGCACAGAGACACCUCGGCGGUUCGCCACGGCGAGGUUCUCGGCACCUUCACGUCGCCGGAGCCGCUGCGCAUCACGGCUCCGGAACCCACCUCGGGCGGCAGACGCUCUCUGGCCAACGUCAAGGCACUGGUGGUGACGGAUCUGGCGUCCAGAGGCAUCGACACCGUGGCGGUCAGGCACGUCAUCUUGUACGACGUUCCCCACACCACGAUUGAUUUCAUCCAUCGGCUGGGCCGAGCGGGACGCAUGGGUCGACGCGGCCGGGGCAUUGUCCUCGUCGGCAACGACGACAGGAAGGACGUUGUUUCCGAGGUCAAGAACAGCAUGUUCAUGGGCCAGGCGCUGAUAUAA